CCGAACACUUCUAGGUAAGGUCUCUUUCUCGGCGGCUAGGCUAUGGUGGAGGAGCAAGGAUGAGGAAGAGGAGGAGGAACUCUGAGAAUUCCUUCGAGAAUUCCAGCUCCAGUCGUACAGGUACCUUGCCCUCCCUAGUCGAUCGGGCCGGAUUGAGCUAGAUCAUCCAGGGAUUCCAGGGUAGAAUGGGUAGGGCGGGCAAUGCCGGCGAGCAGCAGCCGCGAAUCACACUGGGGAGCUACUUGGAUAUGUCACGGAGCUUGAAUAUGGAUCCUUCCUGGAGCUCCAGGCAGCACAGCAAUGCCAGGGGGCGAUGGGACAUGACCAAGAGCCUCAAUGUGGAGUCUGGAUUCUUCGCAAAGGCAUCGUCGCGGCCUAGCCGCAAGGCCGCGAGGAAUGGCAAUGGAAGCAGUGGCAGUGGCAGCAGUGGCAGUGGCAGCAGAGUAGCGGCGGCCAAAUCUUCGGAGGAUUGCGUCGUGGUGGCCGCGAAUUCUCCCAUUAUAGACCAGGAGCACAGGAGAUCGAGCGCCGCGGCCAAAAGCCCCUUGUCCGCGACCGAUGGUGGGAUGUUUCCAAGCCGGGCAAGCUUCCACGCGGGACUCAAUGGGAAGAUGCUACCCACGAGUCCAAACAUCCGGGACCCUUGCCAGGAGAAAGAUCUCAUCGAUGCUUUCGUGGACCAGCUGAGAACCAUCGCCGCGAGCUCCUCGAGUAGCGAGCCCAACGCUACAACGCGGCGAGUGGUGAGGCGAGCGCUGGAGUUUUCCAGCAACUUGAACGCUCAAAAGAUCACCACCACCACCACCGCCACCACCGGCAGCGAAAUCCACAGCAAGAACAAAGUGCCAUCGUCCAGAGGCGUGGACGAUCUUCGCGAUGGUGGCGACGAUCUUGGCAGGAGGAUUUACCGCUCGAAGCUGAAGGGCAAUGGCGGUGAUCUCCGGAGGCAGCACUUUCUUCCCGUGGUUGUGGAGGAGAAACAAACGGUCAUCUCCUCGCCGAUAUGCCACAGCAGCUCUUCGAGGAUGAAGCUAAAGUCCGUGGACAUGCCUCCGGCGAUCCAGCAGCACGCCGUGGAGUGUGCCUUCCAGCUCCUCAAGAACAUGGAUUGCAAGCUCAACUGCAAGCUCAUCGCCUGGCAACUUAAGAAGGAGUUUGAUAAGAUCCAUGGACCGGCUUGGCACUGCAUCGUGGGGACGAGUUUUGGAUCGUAUGUAACGCACUCCGUCGGUGGAUUCAUCUACUUUGCGGUGGGAAAGGUGUCGAUUCUUCUCUUUAGAACUGCCAUCGAGGUGGUGGAUAAAAAGUAGAGGCUGGCUCGCUCGAAAUUCAAGCUGCCAGUUCUUCGUCUAGCGCAGUGGAAAAUCACACUGCUCUUGUACAAUGGGAAUUCCAACUCUAAAAAACCAUGACUUUUAAGAAACAAAAA